AUGGGAGAUUUUCCUGAAACUCUGAUACAGAUGGACCCUAAACCAUCCACUAAACCAACAGAGAGGAUGUGGUUUAACCACACCAUCCCUCAGGACCCAAACCAGGUGAGGACAACAUGCAUCCUCCAGGAUGUCACUCCAGGAACCUACGCUAUAGAGCUCAGAGACGACCGUAACACAACCAGGAGGCAAACGCAGUACUAUGUCAGCCAAGUGCACUCCCCCUGGGCGGGGCCUAUCCGGGCAAUGGCCAUCACAGUGCCUCUGGUCAUCAUGUCGGCCUUCGCAACCCUCUUCACCGUCAUGUGCCGCAAAAAGCAGCAAGAAAACAUUUACAGUCACCUGGAUGAGGAGAGCAGCGAGUCGUCCAAUCAGAGCGCGGCGUUGAACAGCGAGCGGCCCUGGCCCCGCCCCAAAGUCUUCAUCUGCUAUUCCAGCAAGGACUGCCCCAAGCACACCAGCGUCAUCCAGAGUUUUGCCUACUUCCUGCAGGACUUCUGCGGCUGUGAGGUUGUGCUGGACCUGUGGGAACAUCUGGAGAUGUGCAAGGAGGGUCAGAUGGCGUGGCUCAGCAGGCAGCUGGACGAGGCCAACCACAUCGUCAUCGUCUGCUCCAAAGGCCUCCGAUACUACGUGGAGAGGAAGAGCCGCAGGGGGAAGACGCCGGUCAGCCGGCGCGGCAGCAGCAGCAGCCCCCCGACGGGCGUCUCCCACGGCGACCAGUUCAUCGCGGCCGUGGCCAUGAUCGCGGAGAAGCUGAGGCUGGCCAAGCAGGGCGAAAACAGCGGGGAGCAGGAGCCGAACCGCUACAUGGCGAAAGUUCUCCCAGUAAAGAAGCUGGAGAGGGUCAGAGUCCAGCUGGACUGGGACAGGGGGAGGGUUUCGUUCGUUGAUCUGGAUACCAACAAACAGAUUCACACCUUCAAACACACUUUCACUGAGAAACUCUUUCCUCUGAUGAUUAACCACAGUGAAUUAGCCCUAAAGAUAAUGCCAGUGAGCAUCUCUGUACAGGAACAGCAUGGGGUUCCUCUCUCAUCAAGCGUCUGGAGUUUUUCUUAA